AUGAAUCAGACCGAUGCUCCCCGGCCACUCAACUGGACCAUCCGGAAGCUGUGCCAUGCCGCCUUCCUCCCCUCCGUCCGACUUCUUAAGGCACAGAAAUCAUGGAUAGAAAGAGCGUUUUACAAGAGAGAAUGUGUUCAUAUCAUACCCAGCACCAAAGACCCCCAUAGGUGUUGCUGUGGGCGUCUAAUAGGUCAACAUGUUGGACUGACUCCAAGCAUCUCCGUUAUUCAGAAUGAGAAAAAUGAAAGCAGGCUUACUCGCAAUGACAUCCAGUCGGAGAAGUGGUCCAUCAGCAAGCACACGCAGCUCAGCCCGACGGACGCUUUUGGAACCAUUGAGUUCCAAGGAGGAGGCCACUCCAAUAAAGCCAUGUAUGUACGUGUUUCUUUUGACACAAAGCCUGACCUUCUUCUGCAUCUGAUGACCAAAGAGUGGCAGCUUGAGCUCCCUAAACUUCUCAUCUCUGUGCACGGGGGCCUUCAGAACUUUGAACUUCAGCCAAAACUCAAGCAAGUCUUUGGAAAAGGCCUCAUUAAGGCUGCUAUGACAACUGGAGCGUGGAUAUUCACUGGAGGAGUAAACACAGGAGUCAUUCGACAUGUUGGAGAUGCACUGAAAGAUCAUGCCUCAAAAUCUCGAGGGAAGAUCUGCACCAUUGGUAUAGCUCCCUGGGGGAUUGUGGAAAAUCAAGAGGAUCUGAUUGGCAAAGAUGUGGUCCGACCAUACCAGACGAUGUCGAAUCCCAUGAGUAAGUUGACAGUGCUCAACAGUAUGCAUUCUCAUUUUAUUUUGGCUGACAAUGGCACUACUGGUAAAUAUGGAGCAGAGGUGAAACUUCGUAGACAGCUGGAAAAGCACAUUUCACUUCAGAAGAUAAAUACAAGAAUUGGUCAAGGGGUUCCAGUGGUGGCUCUCAUUGUAGAAGGAGGUCCCAACGUUAUCUCCAUUGUUCUGGAGUACCUGCGAGACACUCCUCCUGUUCCCGUUGUGAUAUGCGAUGGCAGUGGCCGGGCAUCUGACAUCCUUGCCUUUGGUCACAAAUACUCUGAAGAAGGAGGACUUAUCAACGAGUCUUUGAGGGACCAGUUGCUAGUUACCAUACAGAAGACUUUCACAUACACCCGAACCCAGGCACAGCACCUCUUCAUUAUCCUCAUGGAGUGCAUGAAGAAGAAGGAGCUGAUCACAGUAUUUCGCAUGGGAUCAGAAGGACACCAGGAUAUUGAUUUAGCUAUCCUGACAGCAUUACUAAAAGGAGCUAACGCAUCUGCUCCCGACCAGCUGAGCCUAGCAUUAGCCUGGAACAGAGUAGACAUCGCCCGCAGUCAAAUCUUUAUUUACGGGCAACAGUGGCCGGUGGGCUCCCUUGAGCAAGCAAUGCUGGAUGCACUGGUGUUGGACAGAGUGGAUUUUGUGAAAUUACUCAUAGAAAAUGGAGUAAGCAUGCAUCGUUUUCUCACCAUCUCCCGGCUAGAGGAAUUGUACAACACGAGACAUGGACCAUCCAACACUCUGUACCAUCUAGUCAGGGACGUCAAAAAGCGAGAAUAUCCAGGUUUCGGUUGGAUCUAUUUUAAGGGAAACUUACCUCCUGAUUAUCGGAUAAGUCUGAUUGAUAUUGGUUUGGUGAUAGAGUACCUGAUGGGAGGAGCAUAUCGCUGCAAUUACACCCGAAAGCGGUUCAGAACACUGUACCACAAUUUAUUUGGGCCCAAGAGGCCAAAAGCCCUGAAACUGUUGGGAAUGGAGGAUGAUGUCCCUUUGCGGCGAGGGAGGAAAACAACAAAAAAAAGAGAAGAAGAAGUUGAUAUUGAUUUGGAUGACCCUGAGAUCAAUCAUUUCCCCUUCCCAUUCCAUGAGCUGAUGGUGUGGGCUGUGCUGAUGAAGCGUCAGAAGAUGGCCCUCUUCUUUUGGCAGCAUGGGGAAGAGGCUAUGGCUAAAGCACUGGUGGCCUGUAAACUCUGCAAAGCCAUGGCCCACGAAGCAUCAGAAAAUGACAUGGUGGAUGACAUAUCCCAAGAGCUGAACCAUAAUUCCAGGGACUUCGGCCAGUUGGCAGUGGAGUUGUUGGACCAGUCAUACAAGCAGGACGAGCAACUGGCAAUGAAACUGCUGACCUACGAGCUGAAGAACUGGAGCAAUGCCACAUGCCUGCAGCUCGCAGUGGCAGCCAAGCACAGGGACUUCAUUGCUCACACUUGCAGCCAAAUGCUGCUCACAGACAUGUGGAUGGGUCGUCUCCGGAUGCGCAAAAAUUCUGGCCUAAAGGUAAUUCUAGGAAUUCUACUUCCUCCUUCAAUCCUCAGCUUGGAGUUCAAGAACAAAGAUGAUAUGCCUUACAUGUCCCAGGCCAGUGAGAUCCAUCUUCAAGAGAAGGAGCCAGAGGAACCAGAGAAGCCAGUGAAAGAAAAAGAGGAGGAGGACAUGGAACUCACUGCAAACAGCAGGAGCUGCCCACAGGACCCCGUCUGCAGGCAGGCAGAAGGACCUGCCUACAGGACCCAAUAUGCAGGCAAGCCGAAGGAGCAGCCCACAAGAUCCACCUACAGGACCCGUUUGCAGGCAAUGCUGGGACGAGGGAAUGGAGAGUCCUCAAGAAAGAAAGAGGAAGAGGAAGUUCAGAGCAGGCACAGAUUGAUCCCUGUUGGAAGAAAGAUUUAUGAAUUCUACAAUGCUCCCAUCGUUAAAUUUUGGUUUUACACACUGGCAUAUAUAGGCUACUUGAUGCUGUUCAAUUAUAUAGUGUUAGUGAAGAUGGAUCGCUGGCCAUCUACACAGGAAUGGAUUGUCAUCUCGUACAUUUUCACUCUGGGAAUAGAGAAGAUGAGAGAGAUAUUGAUGUCAGAGCCUGGGAAACUGUUACAGAAAGUAAAAGUUUGGCUCCAGGAGUACUGGAACGUUACUGAUCUCAUAGCUAUCCUCCUGUUCUCCGUCGGGAUGGUGCUCCGUCUGCAAGACCUGCCACUCCGGAGUGAUGGCCGAGUAAUAUACUGUGUUAACAUCAUUUACUGGUAUAUACGGUUAUUAGACAUCUUCGGAGUAAACAAGUAUUUGGGACCAUACGUUAUGAUGAUUGGGAAAAUGAUGAUAGACAUGAUGUACUUUGUCAUCAUCAUGUUGGUGGUUCUGAUGAGCUUUGGUGUUGCAAGACAGGCUAUUCUCUUCCCCAAUGAGGAGCCUUCGUGGAAGCUGGCGAAAAACAUUUUUUACAUGCCUUAUUGGAUGAUUUAUGGGGAAGUGUUUGCAGACCAGAUAGACCGUAAGCAAGUUUAUGAUUCUCAUACUCCAAAGUCAGCUCCUUGUGGUCAAAAUGAAACCAGAGAAGAUGGCAAAAUAAUCCAGCUACCUCCCUGCAAGACAGGAGCAUGGAUUGUUCCUGCCAUCAUGGCCUGUUACCUCUUGGUUGCAAACAUCCUUUUGGUGAACCUCCUCAUUGCUGUUUUCAACAAUACAUUUUUUGAAGUCAAAUCCAUAUCCAACCAAGUAUGGAAGUUUCAAAGAUAUCAGCUAAUCAUGACAUUUCACGAAAGACCUGUUCUCCCACCGCCUCUGAUCAUUUUCAGCCAUAUGACUAUGAUAUUCCAACACCUCUGCUGCAGAUGGCGGAAGCAUGAAAGCGACCCAGAUGAGAGAGACUAUGGAUUAAAACUUUUCAUAACUGAGGAUGAAUUGAAAAAAGUCCAUGAUUUUGAAGAGCAGUGCAUAGAAGAGUAUUUUAGAGAAAAGGAUGACAGAUUCAAUUCCUCCAAUGAUGAAAGAAUCCGUGUCACUUCUGAAAGGGUAGAGAACAUGGCCAUGCGACUGGAAGAAGUAAAUGAGCGAGAGCACUGCAUGAAGGCCUCUCUGCAGACCGUUGACAUCAGGCUUGCUCAGCUGGAAGACAUGAUGGGACGAAUGGUGACCGCCUUAGAAAAACUGACCGGCAUAGAGAGAGGUGAGACGACCAAGAUACGAUCCAGGACCUCAUCCGACUGUACUGAUGCAGCCUACAUUGUGAGGCAGAGUAGCUUCAAUAGUCAGGAGGGAAAUACUUACAAGCUUCAAGAGAGCAUAGAUCCCACGGGAGAGGAGUCCAUGUCCCCAACGUCUCCUACGAUCAUGCCCCGCAUGCGAAGCCACUCUUUCUAUGCAACAAAUAUGAAGGACAAGUGUGGGCUGGAAAAGUUUGAAAGCAUUUUUAAGGAAAGAUCUCCAAGCUUGCAUCGGGCUAUCAGUUCACACUCAAUAGCAAAAGAAGGAAAGGUUCCCUUAGCCCCUACCAGCACUUUGUCAAUUGCCCCAGACUCCAGAAGGCCUUCGUCUUGUAUAGACAUCUACGUUUCUGCCAUGGAUGAGAUGCAUUCUGACACAGAGCCUCUCGACAGCUCCAUAAAUAUUCUUGGUACCGGAGAUGCAGCUCUGCAGGCUCACAUAGCCUCUUCCAUUUUAGCUAACAGUGCAUACAUUAGCAGUACACCUGGUGACAAAAUUUCUGGCAGGAGUCUUGAUUACGAGGAAACCUCUGGAAUAGAAACUAGAGCAUUUUCUUCAGACUAUUCGCAAAUCACAGAUUGCCAAAUGCCCUGGGAUUCAGACCCUCCCUUGUAUCACACUUUAGAGCGAUCUAAAAGCAGUCGUUAUCUGGCUACAACUCCAUUUAUUCUGGAGGAAACGCCAAUUGUGAAAUCUCACAGUUUUAUGUUCUCUCCAUCUCGAAGCUACUUCAGCAGCCUUGGCAUCCCAGUCAAAACAGCAGAGUACACAAGUAUUACGGAUUGCAUAGACACGAGGUGUGUGAGCGCUCCCCAGGCCAUUGCAGAGAGGGCCAGUUUCCCUGGAAGUCUCGGGGGCAAAGUGGAGGACUUGGGAUGCUGCCACCCAGAGAGAGAAGCUGAACUAAGCCACCCAAGCUCUGAUCAUGAGGAUACUGAGGCCAAAGACAGGAAGGGGAUCCCCUUAUCUCCUCAAGACAGCAAUGCUACAAGAACGCUGACCAACAGCAUCCCACUUCCAAAAAUAGAGCGGGCCAACAGCUACUCUGCAGAGGAGUCCAACAUGUUGUAUGCACAGCACACGCGCAAGAGCUACUCUAUCAGUGACAAACUUGACAGACAGCGAAACGCAACAGGCCUGCGAAACCCCUUCCAGAGGAGUAGGUCCUCGAGACCAGAGAGCAGAGGGGACAACCUGUCUAUGAGGAGACUGUCAAGAACAGGAGCCUUCCGCAGCUUUGAAAGCAAGCACAGCUAG